UCAUUGUGUUAUUAGGUAAUGGCAAGGAUAAAUGGGAAGAAAAAGGAUGUUCCAUCUUCUUCGCGUAGCAAUCAUGUUGGGAAGCGCAACUAUGGGGGUGCCAGAAAUAGAGCUUCACCAGCAAGACUUGUCAAAUUGUACAAAACUAUGUCACCUGAGCAGCAAAACAUGAUAGAAGGCAUUGGGUUUGGUGGGUUGCUUAACAUCGGAACCAAUGUGUUACCUGUUGAUCUAACAAAGUGGGUGAUAAGUAUCUUCCAAUCCGAAACAAGUGAACUUGUGAUACCUGGGAGAGGGAGGGUGAGUGUUGCAGCUGAAACAGUUCACAAGAUUUUCGGUCUGCCAAGGGGAGGGAACAAGGUGAUCUAUGACUUCGAUGUUGAAGCCAUCAAUUUCAUUCAUGAGGAAUACCAAAUUGAUGAUGGUGUGGCACCUCAGAUCAAAACAAUUGUGAAAAGACUAAAAGACAAUAAGAAUGCAGACGAGGAUUACCUUAGGUCCUGGCUUAUGUUGGCUGUGUCCACAUUCUUGUGCCCAACCACUUGUUUGUUCAUUAGCCCAAAGUGUUAUCCUGCCUUGCGCAAUUUAUCAAAAGUCAAGGAGCUUAAUUGGUGCCAGUUUGUGGUUGAUUCAUUGAAAACUUCUGUACAUGAAAUGCAGACCAGGAAUUCUGUUAAGGGUUGCCUCUUCUUUCUUGUGGUAUUGUACCUUGACUCAUUGGCUGUUCCAAAUGUUCAAAUUCCUGGUGGUCUUCCAAGAGUUGCAGCUUGGAAGAAGCCACUGAUUGACAAGGUUAUCAAACUUGAUACUAAUAUAGACGGCACCUUCGGGAAACUAAAAAUUAAGCAAGGGGAUCACUCUAUUGUUCAGGAAUCAUUACUCGGACAGAUGGAAGACAUUGAGAGAUUUGUUGCAUCAAAGGUCAAACCAAGUCUCUCAUCUCAGAAAAAGAGGAUGCUAUCUCAUGCUGUCAGCAAAGUUUGUAUAGGUAUCACAGAGCUUGUGGGAAACUUCCUAGGAGAGGUCUCUGAAAUAAUUGAAGGAGACAAUCCCAUUGAUCAAAGUGAAACAACACUUAGAAGAUCUAAGCGGACAAAAAUCAGUGAAGAAGAUAAAGAUACUGUUGACGAAACAUCUUUGGAUUCUGAUUAUGAAGAGGAAGAAGAAUAUGACGACGAAGAUUAUGAAUCAAGCCAAGACAAUGUGAGUGAUGAGGAGCAGGAUUCAGGUGCAGAUGAAGGCAGAGAUGUAGAAGAUGAAGAAUUGGGUCAGGAGGGAAACCCAGCUAAUGAUGAUGGAGAAAAAGAACCAGAUGACAGUGAAGGUAAUGAAGAGACUGAAGUCCCACUUGUACGGAGAUCAAGGAGGAGCAAGGUUAUGGAAUCAGGGCACAUUGAGCCUCAUAAGGAGCAGAUUGAAGUUCCACCUGUCCUUGUUCAAAUGGAGCCAAGCCUCACAAGGAUAUGGAAUCAGGGCACAGUGAGCAUAAACGAUAAUGCUGAAGCCUGUCCUCAACCUAUAGCUGUCAUCCCUAAUAAAAAUGCAACCAGCGAAGAUUUGAGAGUUGAUUACAAAGGUAAAGGACUUGCAAAGAGCAGGUGGCCAAAGUUGAAGCUGCCCGAGACAACUGGAACUUCAUCAAACAUUGCUACAAGUAACUCAUGGGAUUUCUCGCCCCCCGAUUGCAACAUUAUGAAGUUCAUUGACAGUGGUUCGCAACAAGGUGAAGCUGCAGUUCAUUUUAUAGAGAAAGGUUGCAUGGCAGACUGUACCGAGGAAGUUUCUGAAGCAAAAGGCCUUCCACUUGAACAAGGCUCCGCUACACAUAGCUGGUUAGAUGAUUUAUCUUCUGAGGAGCUAGAUAAGCUUUUACAAGAUGCUGAAAGGCAGAGGAAAGUUCGAAUAGAUGAGUCUUGUUCAAGGAACAUGAACUUUCAUGACAAAUCGGUAGCAAGCAUUGAAAAAAACAUUGAAUUGUCACUAAUUGAAGACCUUCAAGAAAGAACCCCAGCACCAAGUGUUCAUGAACCUCCUAGUGGAGCAAGCAUUUCUGGUACAGUUACGUUUGAACUUCAGCCAAAGAGGAUGUACAAGGUGCCAGCUGCAUUGCGGUCUCCAUAUAUUGAUUACAGCAGCAAGAAUACUUUCAAGUGCAGUAAGGAGAUAUGCAUGGUAUAUAAUGUUGUGUGCCGAGCCUGCGGAAGGUCUACAAGGUCCAGCCAAAGUUCCAGCCCAGAAAACCUUAUUAUCAUCAACUACUUCGCCUACUUCGUUAGUUUGGCUCAUCUUUCAGAGUCUGUUAGACCAAAGGGGAAGCUACUGAACACUGUUGCCGAAAUUGGAAUCUAUGCACUGAAUAAUUUCAAUAGAAGGAACCACAUAAAACGAAUACUGCCAUUAAGAGUUGCUACUUACCUGCAAGACGGUCAAAUAGACCAUGCUGAAGUCAAAAGGGCAUUCCAAAGACGUAUACAACAUUUGGAUCAUUUUCAAAUGGUCUUGUUCCCUGUCCUUCAAACAUGGACACCAAAAGGGCUGGAUGAAAAAGUUGGUCACUACUUCCUUUUGGUUUUGAACUUGCGGGCAAAGCGUUUUGAGGUGCUUGACUCCAUGAGGUCUCUAAAUGAUGAAAAGCUAGCAAGUUGCUGUGCCAACCUUGUAUCACGAAUCAAGGAGUGUUGGAAAAUAUUCUACCCAGACACAAAGAAGGAAAUAGACACCUAUGAAGUAAUAGACAUUCAGGUCCCUUUGCAAACCAAUGACCAAGAUUGUGGAUUCCAUAUGCUUAUGCAUUGUGAAUAUUGGGACGGUCGAGUCCUACCUACAUUCAAGGAAGAAUAUAUGCCAAAUAUUCGUAAGUUGCUGACAUACAAAUGGCUCAACCACCCUGAAAAUAAUGUGAAUUGGAAGCGCAAGCUAAAAAUAGAAUAGGGGGCUCUUUUGUGUCUCAUGCAAAUCAACAGCCAACAGUAAGGUACUCAAAAUAGCCACUGCAAUGCUUGUUGUAUAUGCAUUAUGCAAGAAAAAGAAUAUACUCAUUUGGGAUCAAGCAAAAUCGUGCAAAACUAUAUUACGUGAUCUGUGCAUUUGCUUUCUCAUGUAGUUCAAAGUACAGUGCUAUGCGCAGCUGAGGUUAGGUAUGCAAAUAUGUGUAGAUAUAUGGUGAGAAAUAUGUGAGGCAGCUUUCUGAACUUGUGC